UUUUUGUAUGCAAGGUGACCUCGCGAUCAGCUGUUCGGUUUAGCGGUGUGUGUAGUUAAGAGACGGGAGAAUUUAUAAACGAAAUGUUAGUUUUUCAUGGACUAUUAUGUAAAUUUUAAGGAAAUUAUAAUUGUUAGAGAACCCUAAACAUCAAGGGUAUACCAUGUAAUUUGGAAAAGGUAAAAGGGCUCUAUGACCCUUUCUGUCAAUAUGGGUGGAUCUAAAUUUGAUGAUAUAAGUGAAAAAGAUGUUGAGAUUGAACCAGAACCAGAGCCAAGGAAUUCAAGGUGUCCGGAUGGAGGAUGGGGCUGGGUCAUUGUCCUGGCCGCCUUUUGUGCCAAUGUCGUCGUGGAUGGCGUCUGUUUUACAGCAGGAAUGUACCAUGAAGAAUGGAUGAGUUUCUUCAAUGUCCAUCAUGUUUCAGUGUCAUGGGUGACAUCUCUGCUGGUUGGAUGCUACUUACUGGCUGGUCCAGUAGCUGGUGUUCUAGCCAACAGAUUUGGUUGUCGGAAGGUUGUCAUGGGAGGGACAUUGAUCUCAGUGAUUGGUCUGUUGGUCAGUACUGUGUCACCAAAUGUUGAAGUACUUAUCAUUACAUUUGGUAUCAUUACAGGUAUUGGUUUUGGAUUGAUCUAUUUACCAUCCAUAGUCAUUAUUGGUUAUUGGUUCGAGAAGAAGAGAGCUUUUGCCACAGGAAUGGCACUAUGUGGCUCUGGCAUUGGCACAUUAUUGUUCAGUAGUUUCAAUAAGUAUAUAUUUGAAGAGUAUGACAUAAAAAAUGGCACAGUUAUAUUAGCUGGUGUUGUUCUACAGUGUGCAAUCUGUGGUGCUUGUUAUAGACCUUUAUAUAAGGCUAAAAGAACUCCGAGAAUGAAGAGGGGAAUUGUCCAACAAGGACUCAUUAUGAAAGCUUUGAUUGCAGAGAAAGAACGACAAAGAACUAUUUCAAAUGGAUCUCUUGACAAUUGCAUAAUUACUAGGGAUAAUCGUUUGAUCAAGAUUGACAAAAUUGAAAUAGAUAAAAUGAACAAAAGUAAUUCGUAUAUAAACAGACUGAAAGAACACUUAGGAUUCAGUUCUCGUUCACUUAACAAAAUAAUCCCUGGUAUUGUACGAGAUAAGUUCAUAUUUGACUCGAAACCUCAGACUCCAGUACAGGAGAAAAAGGAAUUCCCACGAAGGAAAAGGGAUUAUGAACGCAGAAGAGACAGUGGAUGUGGGAGUUUAUGUGACUCGCCUCAAUCAGGAAAUAACCUACCUCAGGAAGACCCAUGGGAAAAAUUAUGUAGAGACGACUCUGUCAAAUUCCCUAAUGAAAAAGACAUUAAGGAAAAUGGGAGUUUGCUAGUUCCAGUUAAAAGAAAUGGAAGUUUUGGACCUCAGGAUAGUUUCCGUCCCUUGGAUUCUAAUCAUUUGACUCCGCCAACAACAAUCAUUGGUACUAGCCUUAUGUCAGCAAUGACAGCGUCUGAGUAUGAUGCUAGUGUUCGGACACUGAUGAUGGAGUAUGAACACCCCCUGCCUGAAUGGAUAAGGAGCAUUUCACAUAUGUUGGACUUGAGUCUGUUAAAAGAUAAAACCUUUAUCCUGUACGCAAGUGCCAGCUUCUUGAACAUGCUGGGUUUCUUUAUACCUUUCUUCUUCUUGCAAGAUUUAAUAAGAUCCUUAAAUUCAACGGACCACAAAACUUCGGUUCCGAUUGUGUUCUCAGUGAUUGGUCUUUCAAAUGCCAUUGGUAGGGUACUUGCUGGAUGGAUAGCAGAUCGACCUUGGGCGAAUGUGGUGUUUUUGAAUAAUGCUUCCUUGGUGCUCGCUGGAGUUAUGACAAUAAUUUGGCCAUUUUGUACAACUGUAACUCAUAAAUAUAGAAAAACUAAAUUGAAUUCUAUAAAUAAACCUUCAUGUAUAUUUUAUGGAGUCAUUUUCACACCUGAAUGGUAA